AUGGUUAAGGUUGCUGUUGUUGGAUGCUGUCACGGAGAGCUAGAUAAGAUCUACUCAUCCGUUUCGAAUUCUCUGGUUGAUUUGCUUCUUAUUUGUGGAGAUUUCCAAGCCAUCCGAAACAGAGCAGAUUUGGAUACAAUAUCUGUACCAAACAAGUACAAAAGAUUGGGAGAUUUCAAUAAAUAUUACUCUGGUAUAAAAGUUGCACCUGUUUUAACAAUUUUCAUCGGCGGUAACCAUGAAUGUUCAUCCUACUUAAAGGAAUUGAAAUACGGAGGGUUUGUAGCGCCCAAUAUCUACUACUUGGGUGAGUUUGGUGCUGUCAUGUACAAAGGAUUGAGAAUUACAGGAGUAAGUGGAAUCUGGAAUGAAUAUUCGUUUAUGCAGCGAAACUCCGACUAUUUGGACACUAAUUUACCCUAUAAUAACUCGACUAUAAGGUCUAUAUAUCACAUCAAGGCCAAAACAUUUUUGAAGUCAUACUUGAUGAGAGAUGCUAAGCAUCACAUCGACAUAGCCCUCUCGCACGAUUGGCCAAAAGAUAUAGUUCACCAUGGGAAUUUGGCACAAUUGUUACGUUUUAAACCAUUUUUCAAAGAUGAUAUUAACUCAGGGAAACUUGGAAACCCUUUAGCCAAAAUACUUGUACAUAGAUUAAGAGCAAGGUACUGGUUUUCAGGUCACCUUCAUGUGAGAUUCCAGGCACGAGUUCCUCAUACCAAUUUGAAAAGAUCAGCCAGCUCUUCUGGCGAAAAUCCAGCUAACAAGAGGCCAACUAUCAAUUCCGAAGAAAUUGAGCUAGAUAUGGACGCUCUUGUUGAAUUAAAAACCAAUGCUAAUGAAAUAGAAUUAGAUAUGGAUUCUCCAGCCAAUGAGACAAAAAAUGCUAACGAAAUCAAUUUAGAUAUGAAUGACGAUGAUCAAAGCAACGAGAGCGUGAAAAAGAGCCAUACACUUGCUUUCACUCCAGCAGUAACUGAAUUCCUUGCACUAGACAAGUGUGUGGCUAAAAGAAAGUUCAUAGAAUUCUUACAUAUUGAUCCAAUUAGGGAAGAUCAUAGCAACAACUUAUACUAUGACAAAAGGUCAAUUGCUGUAAACAAAGUCAUUGAAGACUUUGCUCAAGAAAGGAAGAACUCUCCAUGGACUAAUAUCACUAAGGGUCAAUUGUUAAAUAUUGACAAUGAAUUAAGAGAGAUAGUACUUGAACUUGAAGAGCAGGUGGACUAUGAGUACCAGAAGCUAGAUGCUUUACCAAAUGAAAAAUUCGUAAUUGAACAAGAAAGGUUCAAGAUCAUUGCACCAGUAGAAGGUGAACUGAAGACUCCAUUGAAAAUUUGGGACAACAAUCAAACGGAAUACUACGUGAAAGAGUUUCUUUGA